CUCUCUCUCUCUCUCUCUCUCUCUCUCCCACCAUUGCCAGUUGGUGAGCCUCUCUAUAAAAUAUCGAUCAUGGCAUAAAGUUCAAAAAUGGAAGGAGAAAACAUUGGAGGAGGAGGAGGAGGAGGAGGAGCUCGGAGGCCCAACUUCCCUCUCCAACUCCUCGAAAAAAGGGAAUCAAUCGACGACCCCAGCUGCUCCACCUCCGCCGGCCCCUACCCCACCCUCGCCAUAUCCUCCUCAACCUCAGCCAGCCCCAUCCACCAACACCAACACCACCUCUCCAUCCCCGAAGAAACGCCCAAAAAACCCGCGCCAAAACGCAGCUCAACCAAAGACCGCCACACCAAAGUCGACGGCCGCGGACGCCGCCCCCGCCGUAUCCGCAUGCCCGCCCUUUGCGCCGCUCGUGUCUUCCAACUCACACGCGAACUCGGACACAAAUCCGACGGCGAGACCAUCGAAUGGCUCCUCCAACAGGCCGAACCUGCCGUCAUCGCUGCCACGGGAACCGGUACCAUCCCCGCCAACUUCACAUCCCUCAACAUCUCUCUCCGCAGUUCGGGUUCCACGAUCUCCGCCGGACCAUCGCACCACCUGCGCUCCGCCGCCGCCGCGCAUUACUUCUCCUCGGCUACCGCUGCCUUCACAGCAUCCCCUUCCGUCCGCCUCCGCUCCGAUUGGGACGUCGGCCCCUCCUCUACCCCGUCUCUCCUAAACUUCCAGGACGCCUCAGAAGCAGAAGCCGCCGGGAACAUGCGGAAGAGAAGGUGGGAGCAGGAGCUGAACCAGCAGCAACAGGUGUUGGCCGGGUACACCACGUCAUUAACACAAGGGCAGAUACCGACGACUAUUUGGGCGGCGGCGGGGGGAGGGACGACGGCGUGCGAACCGGUGUGGCCGUUCGCCCAAAUGGGGGCGGCCACAAUGUUUCGCGGAUCCAUGUCAGCUGGUCUUCAUUUCAUGAACUUCCCUGCGGCUCCCAUGGCUUUGCUUCCCGGGCAACAGCUAGGCCUUGGAUCCGGUAGUGGAGCCGAGGGGCAUUUGGGAAUUCUGGCCGCUCUAAACUCGUAUCGCCCCGUCGGAUCGGGACAAGAACACGCUGCAACAACUCAUCAUCAUCAUUAUCAUCAUCAUCAGCAGCAGCAGCAGCAUCACAGUGGAGGAGGAGGGAGCGAGAGGAAUGAUACGAUGAGCACCAGCGACUCCUAGCUAGGUUUGGAGUAUCUCGUAAUUCCGUGUGAUUUUUAUCCUCUUUGAUCUCUUUGUUUUUUUUUUUUUUUGUCUGAAUUGAAGCUUUGUUUUCUUUAUUUCUUUCCAUUUUAAUUAUUAUCUUGCGUCGUCGUCAUAGACUUUGGUUCUUUCAUAAAUAUUUCCUUAAUGUUUUGAUCGGAUGUAGAACUUGUUUGAGAAGAUUAUAAUGCCGAUGGAAGCCAUUCUUAACUUCCCCUCUUUUUUUUCCUAUGGUAUUUUAGGGUUAAACAUCUUCUC